ACUCAAUGCUGCAGUUUUGAUGCAUAAAACUGCUUUUGUUGAUGUUUUUCUGGUGUUUAUUUGACACAAGGCCUCAUAAGCAUAACAGUAAUUUGACAUUCUCUUUUGAUAUUUUUGAUUACGCAUGAACAUCAAAUUAUCUGCAAUGCUUAUGCAGAUAUAUAUGCAGAAAUGUCCUUUUUAUUUACCUUUUAUUAUUUGAAAGGUAAAAGAUAAGUGUCCAUAGAUUUUUAAAGCAUACAGGGCAAAAUGGUUGAGAAAAAAAUGAAUGAAUAUAUUUAUAUAUCAUGCUUUCAUAAUAUGUUUUUAUUGUCUUGGAUGGUGACGAUGUCUCAUCCUUUCUUUGUUACUAAGAGCAAAAUAUAUUUUUUUUCAAUUUGUUUGCCUCUAUGGUUCAAAGUGUAAUGACCAACAAAAGCUAUUUGGGCAUAAUUACACUAAUUAAAUACACAAGAGAAACAUUUUGUUCAGUAACAAAACUUAAAACAAGGUAAUUAUAUUUUUGUUUGCACAACAGUGGUUAAUUAUACCCAUUAGACCCUGGUCAUCAGUUUAGCAGGCCUUUAAAAAUCUCUUUUCCUUUGACACAGCCCAAUUUGAAUCCAAAGCAAGAUUUCAAGAGAGAUUGCUAUAGAUUUGCCAGAGUUCAGAUGAAUUUUUCAGUUGCUUUCAGCAAUGGAACUAAUUCUUUCAAUGAGGGAUUUUAUCUAACUGCCUUUCGCACUUUGGCAAACAAAAACUAUCUCGUUUUGGCCUUGGCGAUUAUCUACAUCAUCACCCUGCUGGGUAAUCUUGUUCUACUGAUUGUUGUCCUAAUGAACUCCAGCUUACAGAAUCCCAAGUAUCUUGCUGUGUGUAAUCUAGCUAUUGUUGACAUUUCAAUGAAUAGUGUUAUAAUUCCUCAAAUGGUGCCUGUUUUUGUGUUCAAUCAGAAUUAUGUUUCAUUUGGAGCAUGUUUUUCCCAAAUGUUCUUCAUGCAUUUUUUUGGUGACAUGGAAUCUUUCUCUCUUGCUCUUUUGGCAUAUGACCGGCUGAUUGCGAUCUGCUGGCCCCUGCGUUACUCUACCAUAAACACCAACCUGAGGAUGCUGCUUAUAAUAGCAGGGAUUUGGUGUCUAGUUAUUCUGCUGGAGAUUUUCCCAAUCAGCCUCGCUGCCAGGCUCCCUUAUUGUGCCUCCAGAGAGGUACAGAGCUGCUGUUGUGAACACAGUCCAGUAUACAAGUUGGCUUGUGCAGACACCUCUUACAACCGUCAACUGGGUACAGCUAAGUCACUGACCACUUUGCUAGGCCCCUUGACUUUUAUUAUUUUCACCUAUGUGAUUGUAGUGGUUGCUGUGAUGCGGAUUGCGUCUACAACACAGCGCUGGAAGGCCUUCCACACCUGUUUCACUCACCUGCUGCUGGUCCUGCUCUAUUACAUGCCAGUAAUGCUGGCAUUCGUACUAGGGAACCUGCGUUUAAUUCAGAAUUUUGACCUCUACACAGCAGUUCUGACUGUUUCUGUUACCCUCCCCCCAAUGCUGAACCCAAUCAUCUACAGCUUGAAGACUGAUGAAAUACGAGAUAAGAUAGUCAAGCUUCUGGGAAAGUCAAAAAUGGCACAACAGAUCAUUAAAAAUGAGGUCAAUGAUUAACUAGAGUUUUGUGCUUCUUAUAAUAGAAAAUACUUUAUAUCACAUUAAAUGCCAUGUUAAGCAGAUCGCUCUUACAUAACAAAAUUAUGUUAAUGCUCUGGAUUACAUUGUGUACAUUGCACAUGACUCAAAUGACACAAAUGUACAUUGUGUAUUUCAUUGUGUAUUGCUUCGUGUUCAUGAUAUGUUACUUAUACUUGCAAAAAAUACAAUAAAAUAAAUGUUUAGUUAGCUUUGAUUGAUUCUAUUUUAAUCAGGCCUAUGUUACACAGAAUUAAUGUGAUGUCCUGCAAAUGAGUAUGGCAAUGUUUCCCAAGCGUAAAAAUCUUUUUCAUAUUCACUUGAUUCAAAGCCAUUGACAUUUGUAAAUAUUACAUUUCUAGAUUUUUGAUUCAGUAAUUUACAGAAGAUUAGAGGGAAUCACAGUAAUGUGUGCUUCCAAAUUUAAUCGCAGAGGUAAGACCCACUAUUUAGAAAACAGUUAGCAAGACUGUGACUUUAAAAUGAAUUCAAAACAGCAGCAAGGACAUUAAAAGUACUUGUCAUACAGUAAUCAAAUAUGUGUUUAAUAAUUUGAAAAUGGGAAAAAUAUAUGGUUAUUUUUUGCCAGUUAUUGUCUAAGCAUUAAUCAUUAUUGGAGUGGAACUAAAGAACCCUAAUGGGAGAAAGACAAAAAAUAAUGCCUUGCACUGACUGCUAUAUUAGAUAUUAAAAUAGAUAUUAUGCUAUUAGAUAUUAAAAAUGCUUACAAUUUUUAUGAAUAUGCCUUUGAGGAGUCCUUUCCUUACUCGUCACAGGACCAAGGAAAAAAUUAAUUCUGAUUGGUUAGUGGUGGCAUUAAGCAGGUGGCAUUUUUUUUGUUGGAAACUUUCAAGUGCAAAUACAUUACCAACAAAAAACUGCUGAUUCCAGAAUCAAAUCACUGAGGGAGCUUCUGAAAUUAGUGAUUCUGGUGCAGACGUAAUGUGUAAGCAAUGGCUCCACCAAAACAAGAAUAACAAUAUACAGUGAGACAUUUAAAGUUUUUUACUAGUCAUUCAUUUUACAAGUAAUUGUGACGUUACGUUAUCCAGGAAAAAAAAUAAAUAAAAUAAAAUAAAAUAAAAUAAAUAAAAUUAAAAAAAAUCCUGAAAAAUGACAAUUCCUGAAAAUUAUUUGAAGUGUAGCAUGGUGCAUUAUCCUGCUGAAAGAGGCCACUGCCACGAGGGAACACCAGUGCCAUGAAGGGUGUGUGUGGUCUCCUAAUCUGUGGGUGGUGGUAUGUUUCAAAGUAACAUACACAUGAAUGCCAGGACACAAGUGUUCCCUUGCAGAAGAACACUGCCCCAGAGCAUAACACUGCCUCUGCCUGCCUUUUCCCAUUGUGCAUCCGUCUCUUCCCCAGUUAAACAACACACAAGCACUGGUCAUCCACCUGAUCUAAAAGAAAACCUGAUUCAUCAGACCUUCUUCUAUUACUCCAUGUUCCAGUUCUAAUGCUCACAUGCCCAUUGUAGGUGCUUUCAGUAGUGGACAGGGGUCAUCAUUGGCCCUCUGACCGGUCUUUGGUUAUAUGCAGCCCCAUAUGCAGCAAACUGUGAUGAAGUGUGUGUUCUGACACUUUUCUAUCACGGACACUUUUCUAUCAAUGCAAUAUAAUGAUAACUGAGAGCUGUAC